AAAUGGGGAGGAAAAGAAAAUAAAACCGCAUCAAUCCGCAUGCAACUGAGUUGAAUUCAGUUUGCUGGCGAGAUUGGACUGGAGAGCAGCGAAAGAAGAGGCGCAGAGAAAGGAAAAUCGUUGUGUGGAUCUUAGACCCGCGCAAGUAGCUAACUCAUCGCUUGCCCGGUCAGUAUCUAUCAACCAGCCCCAGCAACCUCCGGCUCGGCUUACCCUAUUCCUCCGCACUGUCCAUGGGUCCAUGCAUCCAAUCUUCAGCCGAUGAGCUAGCUGCCCGCCAACCUAAAUCCAUCCCUGCUGAAUCCAUGGCUCUAUAAAUUAAGCAGGGCAUUCUUCACUCCUCCUCCCGUAUCAGUCUGCAGAGUGCAGAGGAGUCCAUCCUCACUUCAGCCGCUGCAUCUCUGAUCGAUCUUGCCUGCAUCUGAGUUCAGGUCAGCAUCCUUGGACAUGACGACCUACUCGUCGUUCUCCAAUGAUCGGCCAGUCGGAGACGGGCGGAAUAGCGCGGCCGCCGAAGCCGCCGCCGGAGGAGGAGGAGGAGGAGCGUGGCCAUCGCCGUCGGCAGAGGACGCGAUGGGUUUCGUGCAGAUGGUGAAGGAGGCGUUCAAGGACCGGCAGCCGGACAAGUACCACCUCUUCCUCCGCGUCAUGGACGACUUCCGGAGCCAGCGGAUUGGCGUCGCCGAGGUGGCGUCCACCGCCGCCGCCCUGUUCCGGGACAGGCCCGACCUGGCGCUGAGUUUCAACGCCUUCCUGCCCAAGGGCCACAGGAUCCAGCUCGGGAUCGACGACCUCGCCGCCUACUUCAUCCGGGACAUGAACCUGGAUGACGACGAUGGCGGCGGCGAUGAUGACCACUGACCCCGUAUCCGUACAUCGAUGCGUGACUGUGUCGGCGUGUACCCACCGCACACAUCAUCAUCUUCAUGGUUUUUCAUGUCCCUUUUUUUCUUCUUCUUGCUACCUAAUUGUACUCGCCGACGUCACCAUCACAUGUAUAUAUUGUGGCCACUGUCGAUGCUAGUUUUUUUUUAUCAUCAGGUAAAGGUUUAAAAUUAUUUA